AUGAGCUCGCUUCUGUACGUCUCUUGUAUCAUCUCACUCCUGCUGCAGGCUGGCUUGGCUUCAAAGACCAGGCAUUUCGAGUGGGAGGUGGGUUACAUGUAUGCGUCGCCGGACUGCGAGGAGAAGAUUCUACUUGGGAUCAACGGCCAGUUCCCCGGACCGACCAUCCGCGCCAAGGCCGGCGACACCAUCCAUGUCGAGAUGAAGAACGCCCUUCACACCGAGGGAGUUGUCAUCCACUGGCAUGGCAUCAGACAGUAUGGAACACCAUGGGCUGAUGGAACAGCUUCCAUCUCACAGUGCGCCACCAAUCCUGAAGAGACUUUUGUUUACAUAUUUCAGGUCGAUAAGGCAGGAACAUAUUUCUACCACGGGCAUUACGGGAUGCAGAGGGCGGCCGGGCUGUACGGGUCUUUGAUAGUGGAAGUGGCCGACGGGGAGGAGGAGCCCUUCCACUACGACGGAGAGAUCAACCUAUUGUUGAGCGACUGGUAUCACCAGAGCAUAUAUGACCAAAUGGUGGGACUCUCUUCCAAACCCUUUCGAUGGAUUGGAGAACCCCAGUCACUGUUGAUCAAUGGGAGGGGGCAGUACAACUGCUCGCUGGCCGCACAUCUGAUGGAGGGAUCGAGCACAUGCAAGUUAACAAGCAAAGAUUGUGCACCGGUUGUGCUCCCUGUGCUUCCGGGCAAGACAUAUAGGCUGAGAGUUACAAGCACCACCUCGCUUUCAUCUCUCAAUCUGGCCAUUGGCAAUCACAAGAUGAUGGUGGUGGAAGCAGAUGGCAACUAUGUUGAACCAUUCACUGUCGAUGAUAUGGACAUAUAUUCAGGUGAAAGCUACUCAGUACUCAUCAACACAGACCAGAAUUCAUCAUCAAACUAUUGGCUUUCCGUUGGUGUCAGGGGAAGGAAACCCAAUACCCAACCUGCUUUAGCUAUCAUAAAUUACCAACCUAAUUCCCCAUCUAAGUUACCUGAAUCUAGUCCUCCAGUUACGCCCGAAUGGAAUGACUAUAACCACAGCAAGUCGUUCUCUCGCAAAACCCUAGCCCGACAAGGCACACCAAAGCCCCCAUCAUAUGCUGAACGGCAGAUCGCCUUGCUCAACACACAAAACAAAAUCAAUGGUUAUAUCAAGUGGUCUAUCAACAACAUCUCAUUAGCUCUUCCUCCCACUCCUUAUUGUUGGGGAUGGAGGAGCAAGGAAAAACAGAAUACUACGAUACGAGUAAAAAGAAUCCUUUCGACUCAAGAAAAUUGAUAUAGUAUUAAAAGCAGGAGGAAAACUUACAAGAUACCAAGUGCACA